AUGUUUAGAAACUCAGAAUCUCCAGUCUCCAAAUCAUUCAAUUUGGGAAAAAUAAAACAAGAAACUCUUACGUACCACGUGCUACAAAAACCGUUAAGUACUCCAGAAGAAAACCAACAAAUUAAGGAUAUCAAUAAGAUCGUAAUUGCUCCAAUUUACUUCGCAAAACCAUAUCCGUAUCCGUUAGAACCUAGUUUUAAUUACCAGCUUUACAAGGAAUUCAAGCAAGUCGCAGAUGUUGCAAUUCGUUUUCGUAAAACGUUUAUGGUUUACGGAGUUUUUCCAGCAGUUAGAAGAUCUUUAAAAAAUAGAGGUUGGGUUGAAAAACUUCCGUUCACAGCACACGAAGGAUUGAUGAAAUUAACAAUAAAUGAAUUGCUAAGAAAAAUGGAGAGUAAUGAAGCACAAAAGGAUUUAUGUGAAGCAGUAAUCAUAACAAAGAUGCUAGGAGCCAGAAAACCAGAUUUUAUUUGGAAUAAUUCGACACAUGCUAAGGAAGCGCAUACAUUUGAUGCAUGCCAAAUAUUAAGCAGAAUGAGGCAUGAACCACAAGGUAACUUUACUCAAAAGUAUGGUUUAAACCGCUGUCUACAAGAUCAAACCUGGCACUACAUACCAGGUGAAGCUGAUAUUAAAUUUCCACGAUGCUAUAACACGGCGAUCAAAGAGCAAAUGAUAACUUUCGAAGAAGACUUUUUAUUAACAGCUUGUGUUAGCUUAUUGGCAUAUUUACAAACAAAAACUUGCGAUGAAUUAAUUUCAGAAACUGGGAAAAUUGGUUUCGAUACCAUCGAAUUUGCUAUUGCACACUGCAACAGAUAUCUAUACAAAAGUCGACAUUUGGAUAUAGAUGAUCCCAUUUAUGAUGAUGAUGAUGAUCCUAAAGACAACAUAAGCAAAGAAGAUAUUAAUGAUUUUCUUUAUUGCUAUUACCAAAUCGUUCAGCACGAAAAAACGUUUGAACUCGAUGAGAACGGAGUUUUAGAAGGAUUGAAGGCCGAGUCAUCUAAACUAUACAACAGUAUCAAAAAUAUGUUUCCGCAACAUUUUAUAGAUGGAUAUUGUAAUAUGUGGUUGCUGAAACCAGGUAAUCAAUCUAGAGGACGUGGAAUCAUGGUUCUACAGAAGUUAGAUGAAAUACAAGAAGAGAUAAAAAAGUCUCCAAGAAAAUAUGUUGUACAAAAAUACAUUGAAAGACCAUUACUAAUCUAUGGAACAAAAUUUGAUAUUCGCCAAUAUUUCUUACUAACUGGUACUUGUCCUUUAACGGUUUGGAUGUACCAAGAUUGUUAUUUGAGAUUCAGUUCGCGCAUUUACGAUCUAAAGAAUUUUCAUCAAGCAAUUCAUUUAACAAAUAAUGCUAUACAAUCACAUUAUAAAAACGAAGAAACGCGAAGUCCUAAUUUGCCACGAGAAAAUAUGUGGCAUUCUUCCACUUUUCAGCAAUACUUGGCAGAUAAUGGAUGUCCUAACGCAUGGAGUAAACUUAUAUAUCCAGGUAUGCGCCGGUGUAUCGUUGGAACGUUGUUAGCCGCACAGGAGUUUUUAGAUAGACGUAAUAAUAGUUUUGAGCUUUACGGAUGCGACUUUUUAAUAUCAGAAGACUUCACUCCAUGGUUAAUUGAAAUAAAUAGCGGUCCAGCGAUGUCAGCCAGUACCAGCAUCACCGCAAAAUUGUGUCCACAAGCGCUUGAGGACGUUAUUAAAGUCGUCAUUGACUAUACAAGAAAUUGGCGAGCGCCCACGGGUCGAUUCGAAUUGAUAUACCGGCAAUAUCUUCCCAGUACGGAAAUCCCUUUCAAAGAAGAAUUUUUAGUUGAAGGAAAGUCUUUGCCGAGUAAAUACUUUCAUAAUUUUACGUACAAUGAAAUGUUAAAAGUUCCUUCUUUCUCACAUUUGUUACGUAAUACUCCGCGAAGAGAAAUGAACGAAUACAAUGAGCUCCUUCCAUAUGUGAAAGAAAAAUUAUUAAAGGAGAAAAGUUUGAAUUUGGAGAUCAAUUCUCUUCUAAAUGAUAAAAAGAAAGAUCUUACAAAAAAGAAGAAAACCAAUACAUCCAAAGAGAAAGAGGAGGCAGAUAAAAAAGUUCUAAAUAAAAAAGCUGCAACUGAAAAUUCUCAAAAACAAGAAAUCUCCGGCGACGCAGAUAAUUCCCCAGAAAAAGAAAACAUGUGUCCGACAAACAACAAAAGAAGUGUGGCUGAUGCUGAAACAAAAAUGAUUAAACCCAGAAAAAUAAGAAAAAUAAAGACAAGCAAUCCUAAUCAAGAAACAAAUGAAAAAUCCCAAUCAAAAACUUCACUCGUAAUGAAUACGCUAGAGUCAAAUGCUCAGGAAGCCUUGAAUGCUAACCCAGAUUUGAGAGCUAAAUCUGUUUCUGUGGCGGAAACAUUUCAAUCUACUAUUAACAAAAUUGGAAUACAACAUAAAAGUGAAAGGCGUUCACAGCCUAAUAAAAUGUUAAAUAAAAAAUUAAAUACCUUAAAAAUACCACCAACAAUGAGAGUCUUAAAAUCGUUACAAUAA